UUAAUGACGAUUGCAGUCAAAUUAUAUCGAAAUGAACUGCUGAAAACACCUCUGCGGGUUGUUUUUGUGAAGAGUGUAUCUUACCUAGAUCAUUUCUUCUAGAGUUCUCUGUGAGAAUGUAGAUUGUUCUUCGUCUUCUUGUCGAUUGUUUUCUCCCAACUAUCCAAUGUACGUAUAUCUAACAAUAGCAGGUGCUUCCACUGUGCCCAAUCUCUCAUACUGAUUGUGCUUCGUUUAUGUGUCGACAGUACUUGGUCUGACCAAGGUCUGUACGCCUUCAUACCAACGAUUCGUCUUACCAACAAUUUCGUGUAACUUCCUGGGGUGGCAUUUUGUAUAAGUUGGAGAGCCAGAUAAGUACAAACAAUGGAUGAACAAGUUUGUUGUUUCUGUUAAUUAUUUUUCUACCUGUUUCUUACCUGCUUGAUAACGAUACAAGAAUCAGUAUCGAAAUGUGGCAUCACCUGAAUAACGAAGUUGUUCCUCUAUAAAGUGUAUCCUUCGCGUAAUCCGCAUUUGUAAGUCUUUUACCUUCACAUGUACUCUCUCUUAUUAACGAUUCCAGUUACUCCAACCAACGAUUGCACUUAUUCCAACCAACGUGUAUUUCAUUUUAUUAACAAUCAACACCAGGUAUAGAACGAUUGUGCUUCGUAACACGGGAUCGGGAUCUUGUUUAGUCUGAACAACGACGAUACGUUUGCAUUCCCACAAUUCCCCAGCAACAGUAUUUAAAACAUGGUGUUGAUUUUAAUGUAUCCUGAUCGUGUUAUCAAUGUUAACAUGCCUGAAGCGACAACUUAGUUUCCGUUUCCUUCUCGGGUGAUUUGAAUUUAAAAUUGUUUCCUUUAGGCUAUUAUUGUUUUUGCAUAGCCAACACAUGAGCGAGUCAUUAUAUUCUUUUUAAUCAAUUUUAGCAACUGAGGAUUUAUAUUUCCUUUGAGACGCGGGCGUUAUACUUCCCUGUAUAAAGGACACUAUCGAUCGCGGCAGUCAGACUUCGUUAAAGAUAAGUAUCAUUUUCCUUGUAACCCGCCAUGUAAAAUUUGUCGCGUGAAUCCGAAGUGUGCGGGGCCGAUGGUUAUAGGAUCGAGAUGUGCAAGACAGUGGCCUGACAAUAACGACAUCGGAAAGUGACUGUUGCGUUAUUCAGCGCGAUCUGUGUGCAGUGUGCAAGUAACCAGUGCAGCCAAUUGGCUGAAUUAACCGAUACUGCACCUACACCGUAACUUGUAAGGCAGUUGCGUUGGUGUGAGAGGUUUGUGGUUACCAUGGCUGCCCUUAGUGAUAUUUACUGUUGGCAGUAGUGUUGGUGACUUAUGCUGAAUCUGCCUGAUUGGUUGUAUUCAGUGUAAUCUACGUUGUGUUUGUGGUAUCAGUACAACACUUCCUGAUUCGUACGAAAUCACUGAAACUUCAGGGGGUUAACCGGUUCAGACUUUGCGUGAAUGUUCUGGUAGCCAGUGUGACACCUUCGUAACCGUGGAGGUAACCAGUGUGACACCUUCGUAACUGUGGAGUAGCCAGUGUGACACCUUCGUAUCUGUUGAUGUAGCCAGUGUGACACCUUCGUAACCGUGGAGGUAACCAGUGUGACACCUUCGUAACUAUGGAGGUAACCAGUGUGACACCUUCGCAACCGUUGAGUAGCCAGUCUGACACCUUCAUAACAAUGGAGCAGCCAGUGUGACACCUUCGUAACUGUGGAGGUAACCAGUGUGACACCUUCGUAACCGUGGAGUAGCCAGUGUGACACCUUCGCAACCGUUGAGUAGCCAGUCUGACACCUUCAUAACAAUGGAGCAGCCAGUGUGACACCAUCGUAACUGUGGAGGUAGCCAGUGUGACACUUUCGUAACCGGGAAGUAGCCAUUGUGACACCUUCGUAACCGUGGAGGUAACCAGUAUGACACCUUCGUACCUGUGGACGUAACGAGUGUGACACCUUCGUAACUGUGGAGGUAGCCAUUGUGACAGCUUCGUAAGUGCGGAGUAGCCAGUGUGACACCUUCGUAACUGUGGAGGUAACCAGUGUGACACCUUCGUAACGGUGGAGAUAACCAGUGUGAAGCCUUCGUAACUGUGGAGGUAACCAGUGUGAAGCCUUCGUAACUGUGGAGGUAACCAGUGUGACACCUUCGUAACGGUGGAGGUAACCAGUGUGACACCUUCGUAACUGUGGAGGUAACCAGAGUGACACCGUAACUGUGGAGGUAACCAGAGUGACACCUUCGUAACUAUGGAGCUAACCAGUGUGACACCUUCGUAACUGUGGAGGUAACCAGUGUGACACCUUCGCAACGGUGCAGGUAGCUGAUGUGAUAUCUUCGUAACGGUGGAGCUAACCAGUGUGACACCUUCGUAACUGUGGAGGUAACCAGUGUGACACCUUCGCAACGGUGCAGGUAGCUGAUGUGACAUCUUCGUAACGGUGGAGCUAACCAGUGUGACACCGUAACGGUGGAGCUAACCAGUGUGACACCUUCAUAACUGCAGAGUUAGCAGCAGUGCAGCGGCAAUCCUUCCUAGAGACUCUUUGUUUGUACCUGUCACUGGAGGUAGCGUAGCCAUUGUGAAACCUACGUAUCAGUAGAGGUACCCUUGUGACACGUAACAAACUUUGGGUGACACUUUCGUAAUUGUGGAGGUAACUCACAAUAAGUAAUGGGUAUCAGCUCAACUGUGUAAGUAACAGCAGCUGCGAGAUUUCCCAAAGGAUCAUUUCUGUUUUAUGAUAUGUAUCUUAUCCAAGAUACAGGGGUUUGCAUAUUUAAAUACCGUUUGGCGCAGUGUUCAUAGUAUAUUUCUGCUGUUGAACUAAAAUUACCAAAAAAGACAACGUCUUCAAUCUGAGGGAGCCCAAGUUUUUGUCCAGGCAGUAAACUAGCAUGGUAUAGAGAUAGUUCCAUGUACAUAGCAACACUCAACUAAGACACGGAAACACUUCUGUGAUUGUGAUUUUGUGCAGAGAAGCAUCAUUUGUACCAAUAUUGUCUGCAAAAGGAGAGGCACCACGGUCAGUAUGGCACUGCGUGCACUCAUGUUGGUGGGUUCUUUGGCCGGUCUGUACAUACGUUGCGAGGAGAUUCCUUUCCCUUAUGGAAAGCCGUGUUAUGAAAUCCUGUGUUGGUGUCAUAAUACUAGUGCUCAUUGUAUCGGAAAUGACGACCGUUUGACAUAUAUCCCCAAAUUGAGAAGCGAAUUUAAUAUUACAACUUUGUUCUUUCAAUAUAACUUCCUUGCACAAAUCAGAGACAAUACCUUUGAUAAUCUUACAACAUUAAUACUACUUCAUCUAAAUCUUCAACACUGCAAUAUAUCCCAUGUAUCUGAACAUGCUUUCAAUAAACUGACUAAGCUACGAAGCCUACACCUAGGUCAUAACCCCAUCAUUUUGAAAUCACUGGCCGUUGCUUUUCAUUCGUUGUCUAAUUUAGGUCACAUCUACCUUAAUGGCCUUGGCAUCAGAGACUCGGAUCUUGAGGAGAAUCUACUGGAAGGUCUCCUCAGAAGCCCAAUUACAGGGAUUCAUCUUGCUAGAAACAAUUUGGCUAAAUUCAAUUUUAGCCACUUUGCUGGGUUUCCUGAAUUGACAACCCUGAAUCUACAUCACAACAUGAUUAACCUAUACCCAGAUUCUUUCAAUCAUGUAUUUUCCAAGGUAUUGGCUACAUUGUGGAUACAUCAUAAUAACAUCACGUUAAUGCCAGAUUUCUGUUCCAAUAAUGAGUCUGUCUUUCCUAACCUGUCCACCCUUCGGAUUGGUUACAAUCAGAUUCCAUAUCUGAAUAAGAGUAGUUUCGGCUGUUUGUCAAAGUGUACCGGAAUGUGUCUGACCCAUUUGCAAAUAUCAGGGAACCCCUUUCAAAUUAUUGGUAGUGAGACGUUCCGUCAAGUUCCGAGUCUUCAACAGCUUGUAAUGAAACAGUUAUCAUCUGCCCAGACUGAUAUCGAUGACGAGACAUUCGUCGGCUGCAACAGGCUCAACUACCUUGACCUCUCCGGCAACAAUAUCACUCCAGACAAACUCGAGCACCUUGUGCGACCAUUAAUUAAAACAUUGAAAUACCUUAACUGUAACAACUGCAGCUUACAAAUAGUGCCGGAUGUCAUAUCAGAACUGGCUGGACUGGAGAGCAUGUUUCUAGAUCAUAAUCACAUUAAAUCCAUUAGCGACAACGUGUUUAUCAACAACGUUAACCUUCUGAAGAUGUCAUUAAGUAACAACAGUCUCAGCUAUGUGUUCAUACCGAUCUCCAUACGGAGUCGUCUCACCUAUGUCAACAUUGAGAACAAUUCUUUCAAUUGUAACUGUGACUUACUGUGGUUUAAAGAUUGGCUGAUCGGUGCCCGGAGUUUGUUCAGACGUCGCUUAUCCUAUUAUACCUGUUUUAGUCCCCCAGGCACCAAAGGGAAGAGACUGGUAGAUGUUCCAUCUGUUACGAAAUUUGUUUGCCUGUAUGACAGCCAGUACGUCUCUCUGGUGGUCUGUGCCGUUGUAGCUGUGCUGAUGUCUAUUGUGUGCUUUGCGUUGGGCUACAAGUGGAGGUGGAAUAUCCGCUACUUUCUGGUCUGGAAGAGGAGAAGACAUAGCUCCUCAUCUGAAGCCAUGCCUCUUCUGGCGCGUGGCAUCUACCUUCUGUACUCGGAUGAAGACUUCGUUUGGGUUAGACUUAAAGCUUUGCCCAAUUUGGAGGACAAAGGUCAUUUGCAAAUUUGUUUUCGAUCACGAGACUUUGAUCCUAAGAUUCAUAUCAUGGACAGCAUUGUGAAGAAUCUUAAUGGAUGCAGAAAGGUUCUUAUGGUAGUGUCCAACAGCUUCUGUAAGGACACUGGAUGUCAGUUCGAGCUGUCCUUGGUACAGAAACGCUUGGAGGACCCCCACGAGGCGUUUGUUGUGGUCCUUUUGGAGGACAUUGAUGAUAGAUAUAUGUCGGAAUUUCUCUCCAGUCUCCUACAAGAAUGUAACGUUAUAACCUGGCCUGGGAGUGGUCAGAACGAAGCUGAAUUUUGGAAUCAAGUCCUGUUGAUGUUACAAAGGUCAUACGAGUCAGGCGAAUUAAACACAAUGUAAUUUCGGAUGACCAACUCCAGAAUCAGGCAAUAGUGACGUUUCAACAGUGAUAAUGAACUAUCAAAUAAUGGAUUUACUCACAGGAUAGAAGGGGAACUGUUCUUGAUGUUCGUCCUGGUAUUAUCCACAUUCAAGAAUCACCGGGAAAAGUAGCCAAAUGGUUGCCAAAAUAUGUAGAAAUGGAAUGUACCCUAAAGUUAUCUCUGCUGAAGGGCUGCUGUUAUUGCUAUUAUACCAUUCACUCUUUCAUACAAAUUCAAGUUGUUCCUGUACCAAUCGCCGAUAGGUUUCUGUGAAGCAUUUGGCAUGUAACAGAUGCAUCCUUGGAGAAGGCUAAAACGACCUUCUAUGCUCACAAAACUGUGUGUGUUUAUCAGUCAGAGACUGAUGUAUGUCAUCGUACUCCAGUUGUGCAGAUCUUUGCUCAUGAUGUCCUUCACUGGCUUGGUUUGGUUGUCCAGGUCAGACUCGACAUAGACCGCUGUCAAGUACAGUAAUCUACGCUACAACGAACUCGAAGUGACACGAAUUGUGCUUCUUAAUAACUAUUGUUCGUUACACACAUUAAGACUAUAAUUUAAAGCAAAAGGCUCGGAUAAAACAUAGGUCGUCACAUCAGUUCGUUAUAAGCAGGUUAGUAAUAAACGCAGUUUACUUUAGCUCGAAUACUCUUGAGGGCAACCUAAAGAAACAAAAAACCAAAACACCAACCCCAAACAA